AAUGUAUUAGUUCGUUUGUUAUAGCACAACUAAGAGUUAAUUUAUAUUACAUUUUACUUUACUUUAUUAUUCUAGAGAUUGUAAUACUUCUAUCUCGCUUACAUAUAUUAAUUAAGCCAUUAUAAUAAUCAAUUAUAUUGUAUAUUGAGAGGAUCAUUACCGUUACCUGCACACAACAUCAAUAACAGCUCUAUAGCUUGUAACGCCGGUUAGAUAUGGGUCAUCAGCUCAAAAGAACGUGUUGAAAUUAAUUACAUUUUAUUUUAAUUAAAUUAAAAUUAUUUACACGAUAAUGCAUAAGAGUCAUAAUUACGAUUAUUUUACUGGAAGUGCUUGUAAAUAAUUUUCGUCAAAGCAAAAUAAAGAUUAAGUAAAUACAUACAUGUCUACCAAUAUGUACUUGUAUAUAGACUAUCGGAAUGACAUAUUAAAAUAUGAGCUGUACUUUCGAGCAGAAAGUCAGGAAAAAUGUAAACACACGGCAAAUCAAAACAACAACUAAAACGAAAACAACAUUAGCAUGUUAGCGAGGAUCGCAGCGACGGCUCUUCCAGUGUAGGAUGCAAGGCGUUAACGCUGCGUAGCCGCUAAGACAGCAUAAAGGUGCAUACGAACACGUAAACAAGUACACAAUAAUACUUGUUUGUGCCAAAAUUUGUCAAUGGAUUGAAUGUUGUUUUGCAAAAGCAUAUUUGAAAAAGAAUAACUGAAAAAUAAAAACGAAAACGUAAACAAAUCUUUUGUUUGUGCUCCGAGUGUUAUCAGCUAAGAAUGUGUGCGGCCCUUCAAGUGUGCUGAUAUCGCAACAUUUUGUGGCAUAUAAAUUGGUGCUGUCGAGGGCCAGCUAGAUCAUUACUAAGAAUUUAAGCAUUGUGACAACAUACUGACUGCGCAGAAGCAAAGCCAGAAGAAAAUUCCAAAUUAUUUCGUAGAAAUUUUUCACAAAUUUAUUACAAGUUAAAAGUGUUAAAUUAUUACGAAGAAAUUCGUGCAAAAAAUAACUUAAGAAAAAAAUGGAUCUAUCUAUGCAUGAAAAAGCCGAGGAUUAUCUCUAUCGCCACAAAAAGUUCGAUCAGGGCAAGCGUCCACGUGAAGAAGAUGUGCUACAAGAGUUGGAGCAACUCCAUCGCGCACGCUGCUCACCGGCAAACGUUUUAUUACUCAAUCCACACUUUUAUGGUGUUGAGCGCGUUUCAACACCCUUUUCGUCCGACUCGAAUUGCUCUUCUGAAUAUAUGGGUUUUGUGACGCGCUUUAAUGCCUCCAGCACACCAAGCAGCAAGCGGCCACGCUUAAUGUCCAGUGGUCAAUGUGGCACAUCCAAUCCCAGCGAGGACAGCGGCGUUGCAUUAACACCAAAGAAACAGGUAGCAGCCAAUAACUCACAACCAAGCCAACAACUCAAACGCCUCCUAAAGCCAUCGUUGCUCGCACAACCGCCGAAGAAGAAACAGAAGACUGUGAAUGUGCAAGCCGGCGGUAUUUCGGCAAAACAAAAUUACACAACGCUGACAAAGCGAGGCAACAACAGCCGUUCUAGCAGAAUUAGUGCCACCAAACUUAUCAAAGGCAGCAGCGUCAUUAAUGUCUUCACCAACACAAGCACCGUCAAUCCCUCCGCCAACAAGCGCAACAAAACAAAUUUGUCGAACAAAAGUGUCAGCCCGGUGAGUGUCAACAGCAUUAAAGCGGUGCUGAAGCCUACUGAAGUUGGCACCUUGGAAUUGCCCAUAAUUGCUGGUCCUAUAGCCAGUAACAGUGACAAGGAAUUGGACGCCACUGCGGUAUUGUCACGCAUUGGCGAGGAUAAGCUGCGCAGCAUUUGCACUUAUCACAUGAAUAUGGUGCGUCAGUUUCCGAAGAAAGAGCGGUCGCCCCGGGAUCAAGAGCGUCGCAAUAAAAACACCAUCGCUUGCCGUAUGAGUCGUCGUGUCAAAAAGCUGGAACAGAUCGCUAUCGAAGAGGAAUGUAAGGAGCUUGAACAGCAACAGGAGGCAAUGAUGGAAGAGGUGUUGCGCGCUACUGCAUACCUGGAGCAAUUAGAGCUGCUAAUGGCACAAACACACCUUUCCGCCGACGACGAAUCCGAGAUUGAUGUCGUGAAUGUUGAUGAUGAUGUAGCCUCAGCUACAGAAAGCGCGUCGAAGUUGAACAAUAAAGCUGUUGGUGUGCAUAUGCUGCCGCCACCUGUCAAGCGGCCUACCACCAGCAUCAAGUCUCAUCCUUUCUCGAUCACAAGCUUAUUGGGUAAUGCGAGUCCAAUAAAUGCGUGAAUUCUCUUUGAAGUAUAGGUAACUUAGUAUUAAGCUCUAAAAUAGGUUUACUUAAUUAUACAAAUAUAUAUGUAUAUAUAACUCUGUACUACAUGUUAAAGCUAGUAUUUUAAUUAGAGAAAUCAAAUUAAAAAAUUUCUAAGAUUAUUGUAAGAUUUAGAUAAGAUUAUGUUUGUGUUACAGUAUUAAAAUUAUUUAUUGGAAUUUCUUAAAGUUUAACCUUUAUGUACUGUAUUUAAAAAAUGGUGUAUUUUUGUGAAUAUGCUAAGCUUGGUGUUAUUAAAAUAUUAAACGUACAUAAAAUAAUAAAAUAGGUUUGUGAUAAAAAGUACAUUUAGUUAGGUUUAAAUGUUUAUA